AUGGGAGAUCAUGUCGGGAUUGACAGCAGCACUCUCAAGUCUCAGAUGUUCGCAGCUUGGAAUGGAAGUAUUGCAGAGGGUCGCGUGAAUAGUGCUGGCAUUAGUUACAAUUCUACAACAAAUGGUAUUCAUGUGGUUUUCACUAGUUAUGUGGAUGGUGUCCAAAUGAUGAGGUAUCUUGAUUGCGAGGUUAAUCUGGAUAAUAUUUUGCAAGGUUGGGUGAUUGUUGGGUUCUCUGCUGCAACUGAUGCUAAUACCGCUCUGCACAAGAUCAACUCAUGGAGCUUCCAUUCAACUCAGCUGUUUGAUGAAAAACCAAAGAACACCACACCAAAGUCUGCAAAUGGCAUCAAUAUUAGACUAGUGCUUGUGUUGGGUAUUGGUGGACUUGUCUUGGGUGGUGCGUUGGGUUUGGUUUGGUUCAUCUGUUGGAAGAAGAGAGGGGAAAGUAGUGAUGAAGAUGUUACAGUGAUUGAUGAGGAAUUCGAAAAGGAGACAGGCCCCAAAAAGUUCUCGUACAGAAAAUUGGCUCAAUCAACGAGCAAUUUUGAUGAGGGACAGAAGCUUGGAGAGGGAGGAUUUGGUGGAGUUUACAGAGGCUACAUAAAAGACCUGAACUUAAAUGUUGCGGUUAAGAGGAUAUCAAGUGGGUCGAGACAGGGGUUGAAGGAGUAUGCAGCUGAAGUAAGGAUCAUUAGUCGACUUAGACAUCGGAAUCUUGUGCAACUGAUUGGUUGGUGCCACGAAAGAAAACAACUCCUACUUGUUUAUGAGUUCAUGUCCAACGGCAGCUUAGAUUCCCAUUUGUUCAAAGCAAAGAGCUUGUUAGCUUGGGACGCAAGAUACAGAAUUGCUCAAGGCUUGGCAUCCGGGUUGUUCUAUCUCCAUGAGGAAUGGGAACAAUGUGUGCUGCACAGGGAUGUCAAAUCCAGCAAUAUCAUGUUAGAUUCAAAUUUCAACGCAAAACUUGGGGACUUUGGAUUAGCUCGACUCGUGGACCACGGAAAACAAUCAGAAACUACUGUUCUUGCUGGAACCAUGGGCUACAUGGCUCCCGAAUAUAUGACCACCGGAAAGGCUAGUAAGGAAACAGAUGUUUACAGUUUUGGAGUUGUUGCUUUGGAGAUAGCUUGUGGGAGAAAACCCAAUGAUCUCGAGUUCAGGAGCCGUCAAAUCACUAUGGUGGAGUGGGUUUGGGAUCUUUAUGGUGAAGGGAGAGUCAUUGAAGCAGCUGACCCAAAACUCUCUGGAGAUUUUGAGAAGAGGCAAAUGGAGUGCUUGUUGAUUGUUGGGUUGUGGUGUGCUCAUCCGGAUUACAAGAUCAGGCCUUCGAUACAACAAACAAUUCAAGUGCUUAACUUCGAAGUUCCAUUGCCUAUUCUCUCGUCAAAGAUGCCGGUGGCUAGCUACUCUUCUCCUCCGCUAUCAUUUUCAAUCUUGUCUGUUAGUACUGAUUUAGAAGGAGGUACAGGUUAUGGCUGCAACACCAUUCCUCACAGUUCACCACAUCUUCUGCAUCAAAUUCUACUCCAUCAGCAUCACUACAUACGGUUGGGUAGGCUAGAAGAACAUGUUGGCGAGUCCUUAGUUAGGAUUAUGGUGUAA